AUGGCGGGAAUCAAGCCUCCUAAGCCCUUCGACUUCCAUAACGCAGCGGACUGGCCCGCCUGGAUGGACGAAUUUGACGACUACAGAUUCGCGUCUGGGCUACAUGAGAAAACAGACGAAGUUCAAGUAAGGACUCUUCUCUAUACUAUGGGCAGAAAGUCGAGGGAGAUUCUUCGGUCGCUAAACGUAAAAGACGAAGAAAUGGAGGACUUCAAGCUCGUAAAGUCUAAAUUUAACGACUACUUUGUCCACACCAAGAACAUAGUCUACGAAAGUGCUCGCUUUAAUCAACGCCGCCAACAACUGGGAGAAACAGUAGACCAGUUCGCAACCGAGCUUAGCAAGCUAGCAGACAGAUGCGAGUUCGAAGGCAUGAAGGAACGCCUAAUAAGAGACCGCUUCGUAGUAGGACUACGGGACCAGGUUCUUUCGGAGGAACUACAGAUGGACCCCAAGCUAACGAUGGCCACUGCUUUGAUAAAGCUUUCAGAGGAAUGUCAAAGGCUCACGACGUUCAUCACGCCGUACGGGCGCCUCCUCAACAAAGACAGCGACUGGUCUUGGGGACCUCAACAAGAGGCAGCUUUUGAGAAGAUCAAGACCACUCUCAGCUCAGACAGAUGCCUGGCGAGGUACAACCCCCGGUACUCGACAAUUGUAUCGGCGGACGCGUCUUCACUGGUGAUUGGCGCAGUACUCCUCCAGGAUCAGCCAUCUGCAGCGCCUUUCGAGGACGAGGUUCUCAACCGCCUGCCUGGACGCGACGGAGCCAGCGCAGUCGAGAGGGCCUCUAAAACCACAACACUGGUGGCAGCGGACGGGAUGGACCUGCGCCGCACCACGGACGUCGUGCACCCGUCCUAUGUUGCCGCCGAUGAUUUCACAGGGGAGGUAACGUGGAUAAAGCAGGUACUAGAGGAGCACAGUGUGUGCUUGCCAAUGGCAAAAGUUACUAUUUCCGGCCCGUUCGGAGAACUCGUAACAGAAGCUGCGGUCUCGAAAAUGGUGCCAUUAGAAUACCCCUAUCUGUUUUCUAACCGAUCUGACCGGCUGUUGCGUGAACGUGGUCAGAAAUUCGGAGAGGGAAGGGUGCAGGCGUUGACCCGAUCGAAAACCCGUCAGCUUGCCGCACAGCUAACGCAAAACUCGGGAGCGGACACACCUGAAAGUGAGCAAACAUAUCCGAAAUCGGUAGAAACGACCGAGGAAGAAUCGGGAUUUAAAACGAGUGAACCCGAGGAAGUAAUCCUCGAAGGCAGUGGGUGCGCGGAUGCUGAAACGGAGGAACCAGAAUCGGAGAGUGACGGGAAGGGUUUGCUGCUGGCGCCGGGAUCGCUUAGUUUUGAGAAGCUUUUGCAAGUAGACAGAGGGUCCCUAGGUGCUGAGCAAAAGAAAGACCCCAGUCUAGCGCGUUUGCACCUCACGGCCAAGGAGGGAAUUGCUAGACGCAACAUCACUAUGCACGAAAAGGGCGGACUUCUGUAUAGACAUUACAAAGACCGGAAAGGCAAAAUUCUUGACCAGUUGGUAGUUCCCGAAAUGUACCGCAGGGAUAUUCUCAGUCUGUGUCAUGGAAAUGGAUGGUCGGGACAUCUGGGCGUGAAGAAAACAAAAGAAAGGCUUCUUAUGGAGUACUAUUGGCCAGGGUGUUUCAAAGACGUAGAGCUGCUGGUGAAGUCAUGCGAUGCGUGCCAACGGGUUGGAAAGCCGGGCGACAAAUGGAAAGCCCCUUUGCGACUCGUUCCACUCAUCACGGAGCCCUUCCGGCGACUUGUGAUUGAUACUGUGGGACCUUUGCCGAAAUCAAAGUCAGGAUACAGAUACCUCCUAACGAUGCUAUGUCCGGCAACUAAGUUUCCGGAAGCGAUUCCAUUGAAAGAAUUGAGCUCCUCUGAGAUAGUGGACGCUCUGCUGACAACCUUUUCACGCAUCGGUUUCCCCACCGAAAUUCAGGCCGAUCAGGGAACGGUGUUCACCAGUGCAUUGACAACCACGUUUCUCAGAAAGUGUGGCGUGAGGCUGUUACACAGUUCUGUAUAUCAUCCCCAAUCCAACAGCGUAGAGAAACUGCACUCGGUACUGAAAAGGGUACUACGUGCCUUGUGUUACGAGCAUAGAGAGGACUGGGAAAGCUGUCUACCCGCCGCUCUCUUUGCAUUGAGAACCGCCCCGCAUGAGGCUACCGGGUUCACGCCGGCGGAGCUGGUGUACGGGCGAACUCUCCGAUCCCCUUUGCGUAUGUUACGAGAGUUGUGGGAGGGAACAGGAGAGAGCCAGACCGUCGUGGCUUAUGUACUGCAACUUCUGGAGCGUCUAAGUGUCACGCGUAAACUGGUGGAGGAAGCUGCGUGUCUGCAGUCAUCGUCGACUCCAAGCCACUCUUCAUGGCCAGCAAUUGGGAUCCUGGCCAUUCGAGAGUUUCCUGGCCCCGGAGGAGCUGUUAUGAUCGCCCCCUUCUCCCCUUCGCUGCGGGGCGCCGGGACAGAGUAA